AUGGUUGAACUCACAGAAGAACUCAGACGCGAGAUCGGGCAGCACUUCGUCUUUGGAUUCCACGGCCACGAAGUCAGCCCUGAAAUCGAGACACUCAUACGAGACUACUACGUCGGGAAUAUCAUCCUCAUGAAACGCAACGUCAAGAGCGCCGAACAAGUCCACACGCUCACGCAAAGACUGCAAACGAUCGCGAAAGAAGCAGGACACUCGAGACCGUUGAUGAUAGGAACGGACCAGGAGAACGGCCUCGUAUCCGCCUUCAGUCUCGCGCAAUCCCAAGAAGCUGGAACCCAAUUUCCAGGAGCGAUGGCGAUGGCGGCCACGGGCUCUCCUGCGCUCGCUGAGCAGAUAUCAGAAGCGACGGCUCGAGAACUGAAGUAUGUUGGGAUCAACUGGGCGUACAGUCCCGUCGCGGAUGUGAACAGCGAUCCGAGGAACCCCGUGAUAGGCGUUCGGUCGUUCGGGGACGAUCCUAAACAAGUGAGCGAAUACGUCCGCGCCGUCUGCAAAGGACUCACUGCAGGCGGCGUCGCCCCCUCGCCCAAACACUUCCCCGGACACGGGGACACACACGUCGACUCGCACCUCGCCCUGCCCACGAUCGACAAACCACUGUCCUCGCUAUCCGCGCUCGAGCUAAUCCCCUUCGAAGCAGCAAUAUCAACCGGAACGGCGAGCAUCAUGACGGGCCACAUGGCGCUGCCGCGUCUGACGAACAGCGACAGGCCAGCUUCGUUAGCGAGGGAGGUCACGCAUGACUUAUUAAGAGAAAAGAUGGGGUACUCGGGCGUGGUGGUGACGGACUGCUUCGAGAUGGAGGCGGUGGCGGCGAGGGAGGGCGGCGUGUCGCGUGCGGCGGCGGACGCGAUUGUAGCGGGUGCGGACGUGGUGAUGGUAUGCCACCAGUUCGAGCGACAUGUGGGUGCGGUGGAGGAAGUGUGCAAGGCAGUUGAGCGGGGGGAGAUCGACGUGGAGGAGCUGAGGGCGAGCACGGAGAGGAUCGGGAGGCUGAAGGAACAGUUUGCGGAAGGAUGGGAGGGUGAGAAGUUUGAGAGGGAGGAGUGGAAGAGACUGAAGGCGGCGAACGGGGAACUGAGCCGGGAUGCAUACGACAAGUGUGUUGCGGUGGUGAGGGAGAUCCCGUUCGCGGUGGACGCGUCAGGGCCGAUAGUCGUGUUCACGCCGCGGAUGGAGUCCAUCAAUCUGGCGAUUGACGACGCGGACGGGGUGCUGAGGACGGCAGACGGGCUGCUGAGGAACACGGCCGGACCGUCGUACGUCGGAUUCGCAAAGGGGCUCAACGCGGACUUGCACGUGGUGUACGGCGACGGAGAGCCCGAGGUGGACGCGGAGAAGGUAAAAGGAGCGUCGCUGGUGGUGUUUGUGACGAGGAACGCGGAGAGGGCACGGUGGGAGCUAGGGUGGCUGGGGGAGGUGGUGCGGCUUCGGCGGGAGGUGGACGGGGACCUGGCGCGGGUGGUGGUCGUGAUGAGCUGUGGCCCGUACGACUUUCUCGGCGAGGACUGUGUGCUGGGCUGUGUGGCGUGCUUCGAGUACACGGCGCCUGCGCUGGAGAGGGCAGGACGUGUGGUGCUCGGGCUGGGGUCGGGCGUUGGGCGGGUGCCGGUCGAGAUCUGA